GUCAGCUUUUCUAAACAAGGAAAGGAUAGACUUAUACAUGAAUUAGUAACUAUUUCCUUAGAAUUCAAGGAUUUUUUUUGUCUAACAGUACUUGUCAAGUAACAUAAGUACGAUAAUUAAAGUCUAACGAUGAUGUCUAUGGAGCCGUCUUACACGUGGCACAGCUAUUCUGGUCCGAAGAAAAGGAUGAUUUGGUGCAGGUGCGUGAACAUUUCGUCCUAUAUAAAUCCUCUCAUCUCCAAUUACUGAUUUCACACAAAACAAAAAUCGACCAAAGAGUAACCAAAUUGAUAUUUAUCUCUUCUCAACCAUGGCGAUGAGACAAGCCGCUAAGGCAACGAUCAGGGCCUGUUCUUCCUCUUCUUCUUCGGGUUACUUCGCUCGACGUCAGUUUAAUGUAAUAAUUCUUUCGAUCUCUCUCCUUUUUCACGAUUAAGGUUCUAAGUUGGUGAUAUUUAUAGUUUCUCAGAGUUUUGUGUGGUGAUUUCGCUUGAUUUUACUGUUUGCGGUUGGUAACGUUUCCGAUUGUGUGUGGGAUAGAUGUUUUUGGAUCUUUGGCCUUAUGAUUUUGAGGAUAUGCAAAUUUUGGUUUUGUAGAACCUAUUUUGAUUUUGUUGUGAUAUGAUCAGACUGACUGUGCAUGACUGAAACGUGUGACUAAAAUUAGGAAAGCACAACUGUCGUUUCUGAUUAGGCCAGCUAAAGUUUCCAUAAUGGAACCCAACUACUACAUGGUGUCUCUUUUUGUAAUAACUAAACGGCACGAUGUUUGAUAUGGGCUUCUAAACGGGCCUGUAAACGUUUGGGCGUUGUAUAUAGUUUCAAAACAGAACAGAUUAGUGUCUUACUGUAAGAUGUUGUCUCUUUCAGUGUAAUGGGAAGACGCACUUUUUGAUGAUUUUUCAGAGUUUUAGCCUUUUGAACUUGCUUAUGAAACAGGCAUCUUCUGGUGAUAGCAAAAAGAUUGUAGGAGUUUUCUACAAGGCCAACGAAUACGCUACCAAGAACCCUAACUUCCUUGGCUGCGUCGAGAAUGCCUUAGGAAUCCGUGACUGGCUUGAAUCCCAAGGACAUCAGUACAUCGUCACUGAUGACAAGGAAGGCCCUGAUUGCGAACUUGAGAAACAUAUCCCGGAUCUUCACGUCCUAAUCUCCACUCCCUUCCACCCGGCGUAUGUAACUGCUGAAAGAAUCAAGAAAGCCAAAAACUUGAAGCUUCUCCUCACAGCUGGUAUUGGCUCGGAUCAUAUUGAUCUCCAGGCAGCUGCAGCUGCUGGCCUGACGGUUGCUGAAGUCACGGGAAGCAACGUGGUCUCAGUGGCAGAAGAUGAGCUCAUGAGAAUCUUAAUCCUCAUGCGCAACUUCGUACCAGGGUACAACCAGGUCGUCAAAGGCGAGUGGAACGUCGCGGGCAUUGCGUACAGAGCUUAUGAUCUUGAAGGGAAGACGAUAGGAACCGUGGGAGCUGGAAGAAUCGGAAAGCUUUUGCUGCAGCGGUUGAAACCAUUCGGGUGUAACUUGUUGUACCAUGACAGGCUUCAGAUGGCACCAGAGCUGGAGAAAGAGACUGGAGCUAAGUUCGUUGAGGAUCUGAAUGAAAUGCUCCCUAAAUGUGACGUUAUAGUCAUCAACAUGCCUCUCACGGAGAAGACAAGAGGAAUGUUCAACAAAGAGUUGAUAGGGAAAUUGAAGAAAGGCGUUUUGAUAGUGAACAACGCAAGAGGAGCCAUCAUGGAGAGGCAAGCAGUGGUGGAUGCGGUGGAGAGUGGACACAUUGGAGGGUACAGCGGAGACGUUUGGGACCCACAGCCAGCUCCUAAGGACCAUCCAUGGCGUUACAUGCCUAACCAGGCUAUGACCCCUCAUACCUCCGGCACCACCAUUGACGCUCAGCUACGGUAUGCGGCGGGGACGAAAGACAUGUUGGAGAGAUACUUCAAGGGAGAAGACUUCCCUACUGAGAAUUACAUCGUCAAGGACGGUGAACUUGCUCCUCAGUACCGGUAAGCUUUUGAGGAGGUGACAUUGGGAAGAUGAUGAGAAACGACCCCAACGUUCAAGAAAACAAAUAAAGAAGUAUUUGGACUUUGCUAAGUCGAAUGACUUGAGUCAUCUUUUGGUUUAGUUUUUGUUAUUAUAUAAGCACAAUAAUAAUAGGAGGGCACUUCCCCUGUUCUGAGAGUUUGUGAACAUAUUACUCAGUGGUUUAAAUCACACAUAUGUAUUUGUUUCCCCAAUCGUAGGAACUCAAUGGUUUCAAAUCUCAUUAUAUAAACAUAAAAAUGAAUAAAGGCAUAUUAAAUUUGUCUAAAGAAAAGUGUUCUUGUUAUUAGGACCUAGCUC